ACCAACUACUCUGCCACCCUCCCCGUUCCCAUUUAAAUCCGGCAGCCCCAAUCCCCUUCUCUUCUUCCUCAAUCAGAAAACCCUAAUCUCCUCACUCCCCUCCUUCCGCCUUCGCCCCGCCAAAUUACUGAAAUCCGGCGACGCGCGUUAAGACCCCCAAUGGCGAUCCACGCGAAGAAAGAGUCCGAUGUGACGAGCCUAGCAACCUCAUCGCCGCCGCAGUCUCCCCGGCGGCCCACCUAUUACGUGAUGAGUCCAAUCAACCUGGACGCAGAGAAGAUGUCGGGGAACGAGCUUAGUCCCAACGAGUCCCCGAUCCAUCCCAGCCAUCAAAGGUAUGCGAGCUCACCGUUGUACUAUUCUCGCGAGUUCUCUACCGCACGCUUCUCUGCAUCGCAUAAGACUGGGUACUGGAGGAGGGUUCCACAAGAUAUGCAGUUCCAUGGUGGAGAAGGCUUCGAGGAGGAAGAGGAGGAGGAGAGCCGGAGAUGGGGAAUUCGCUGCUAUGCUUUCUUGUUUGUGAUCGGAUUUUUAUUGAUCUUCUCUCUGUUUUCGAUCAUUCUUUGGGGCGCCAGCAAAGCGCAUGAACCAAAAAUCACCGUGAAGAACGUGGUUUUCCACAGCUUCGACAUUCAAGCAGGGAUAGACCUAACCGGGGUUCCCACCGAGAUGAUGUCCGUCAAUUCAACAGUCAAUAUGAGGUUUCAAAAUCCCGCUGCAUUUUUCGGCGUCUAUGUGUCAUCCACAUCAAUGUAUCUUUACUAUUUCGAUCUCAUGGUUGCGUCCGGCCACAUGGAAGAGUUCUACUCGUCGCAGAAGAAUCAGCGUUUGGUUAGGACGGCGGUGGUCGGAACGCAGGUGCCGCUUUACGGCGCCGGCGUUGGCCUCACAAGGCACAACGCCGGCGAUCCGGAGGCGACGAUACCUUUCAAUCUCUCAUUCGUUGUGCGUUCCCGCGCUAAUGUUCUGGGUAAGCUAGUCCGGUCCAAGUUCGACCGCCGGAUUCGCUGCUCGGUUUACUUGCAUGAGUCGAGGCUCGGCCGGCCGGUCGACCUCGGCCGCGCCUGCCAGUACGAAUGACAGUGGAAGAACGAGUAUGUUAAAGUAGUAAAGCAGCGACUCUAAUGGAGUUUAUUAAUGAAGUUACUGUUUUGACCUUAUAUCAUUUAUUUAUAUUUUUUUUUCAGGUUGAUUAUUUAAAUUAUGUAAAUUUUUAAUGAAAUUUAAGCCCAAUUGAUUAUUAUCA